AUGGCGGCUAAAGAUAAAAGCGAAGAAAAUCUAGACAGAUGGGAGGACCGCCACGUGCAAAUGCUGAUAUGUUGCUGGAAGGAAAACAAAUCGUCCUUUGGUAAUGGAAAAAGUACAAAAAAAGAAGUUUUUGAAAAGAUCGCCGCCGACUUCAAUGGAAAGUCAGAUUUAAAAGUGUCUGGUAUCCAGUGCCUAAGGAAAUGGGGGAAAUUAGAGGCUAAACAAAAGGAGAUUGUUGAUCACAACAACAAGAGCGGAAAUGGUACACGUACGUGGAAAUAUUAUGCACAAAUGGAAGAUUGUAUUGGUGGACAAAGUAGUGUCAACCCAACUUUCACUCUGGAAUCAUCUUCUUCUACAGUCAUUUCUGAUCAUGGAGAGAGCUCGUCUGAAGACGGCGAAAAUUCAUGUGCUCCACCCGACAAAAAGAAGAAGACUCCUUCCAAACGCCCCUCAAAGAAACGAAGAAGCAGAUCCUCAGCGUCCGAAAUGCUUGAAUUUCUCAGGGAAUGUCAAGGUAAAAAAGAAGAGGUUGAAAACAAAAAACUAAAACUUUUACAGGAGAUAAAUGAGGAAAAAAAAGCUUUCAGGUCAAAUCUUCUGGAGGUUAUGAAAACUUCAAACAAGUAA